UUCAUCCGUACGCUCGUGAUAUUUUCAAAUCAAGCUAGCAGUUUUCAGCUAAUACAAAUAAAGGCCGAGACUUCAAACCGCAAGAUUUGGAGCACCUUGAAAAUACGGUAUCCGGAUCCUGACAACGCGUUUGGCGAAGAACAUGGAGCUGGUGUAGAUUCUAGGACUGGAUUUACACUUCAUUUCUCUUCAUGGCUAAUGUUUACAUGCUUGGAGACGAGCAUGACAGGAUCUGUGUCUAUCUGUUGUGUGUAAAGUGUACUAGUCGGAUCUCCUUCACCAUGGAAUAGUUGGAACAAUUGCUUGCCUCAGUGCUAUAUCAUAUGUUGCAGGACAUAACACCAUGAGUAUACAUGGAGGUGCUCAGCACAAAUAACUAUCAAAAACUCCAGUGGAAUAUUACUGAGCAUAACCAUAUCAGAUUUUGCAGCGUAAGACCAAGAUGUACCAAAGGAAAGGAAUUUGGAGAUGUUAUGGAGAGAAAUCGGUCUGAUCUUAUGUAAUAGUACCCAUUAACGGAAACUUGUCUUUAUAACAAUUGUUCAGCUGUUUUGUCUCUUCGUAUAAUGUGACAAAGGAUUGUUGAAAUGCAGCAAAUAUUUCCGUUUACCUGAGCAUAUCCGGGAUUUUGUAGCCCUUAAAAUCCUGAAUUUCCUAAGUCGGUGUUAUACGACCCCUGUAGAAUGUCAAGUCCAGUUCGUAGGAGAAAGAUGAAUGAAGACUUCUGGCCAUCGAGGAGAUUUAACAGGAACGGUAACUCUAGCAACCUAACAACGGAAGUGACGUAUACAGAAGACAUGGUGUCUGAAUGGCUGUGGAAGACUGUCGCGCCGUGCUUACUGUUGAUUGGAACAACGGGAAACAGUUACGUCAUCGUAAUGAUGUUCCGACUGAAUCGCCAAAUGAAUAAAUGCAUACGAUUCAAUCUGUUAAUGCUAGCUUUCACUGACAUCAUCAUACUAAUUACUGCACUGGGAAGAGUCUGGUUGGAUUACAUGUUUAACGUUGACAUCCGGGCCAUCUCUGACGUGGGCUGCAAGCUGCAUGUGUUUAUUCAAUACACUUUCACUAGCAUGUCUUCGUGGAUUCUUGUCUCCUACAAUCUUGAGAUGUUUAUAGGUGUUGCUUUCACAUUCUACGGGAUGUUGUGGAACACAGUGAGGAAGACACGACUGAGGCUCUUCCUCGUUUUCCUCUGUAUCUCCUGCCUUAACUGCUUCUCCUUCUGGACCGUCGGCCUCAGGAGAAAUGACAUCAUAACUGUUUGCCAGUCCACAGCCGUUGGCGUCGAUGUCUACCGUGCAGAUGUUUACGUUUGGGUGUACAUGGUCCUGAUGUCUUUUCUUCCUUUUACUCUUCUGGCGUUGCUGACAAUUCUGACCAUAAGAUCAGUUGUUCAUUCUAAACUCCAAGACGGUACUAAGCAUGGCGGCAGAGAAGGAAUCGGAGAUUAUAAACUACAUAGAUUAGUGCUGACCACAACAUUUUUCCUGAUUUCCACGUUCCCGUCAGCUGUUGUCAUGGUUACCAACUCAUAUACUUGGACCGAGAGGGACGGGUUUGUCCAAGCAAGACUUUACCUGGCGUGGAGCAUCGCAGCGCUGCUUCACUACACAAACUACGCCUUCAAUUUUGUUAUUUACACAUUUCACAAGAUUCGAGAGGAACAGCAGAAACGUGUACGGAAAAGGAGAAUAUCACAGAUGUCACGGACGGGUCGACGGUAAGCUAUUGGUCAGACCUGACGCCAGCGCCUGAACAUCACUCCCAGAGAUCGUCCCAGGCAUACAGACACAGAUAUCUUCCACGUGCGACUUUACACAAGAUGGAUCAUUCCACGUUUCCCUUGUCUACAAAACCAAAUCCUGAACAUUGCUCCGACUCAACUGUUCAAGAACAAAGAGUAUGAGAGCGUAGUCUGAUAUAUCUCCCAGCAUCUCAACAGAGUGAGUGGGUGAAGUUUUACGCCGCUUUUAGCAAUAUUCCAGCAAUAUUACGGCGGGGGACACCAGAAUUGAGCUUCACGCAUUGUACCCAUGUGGGGAAUCGAACCUGGGUCUUUGGCGUCACGAAGGAACGCUUUACCCACUGGGCUACGUCACCGCCCAAAUCUCCGCAGACGUGCAGCGUGAUGUUUUCCCUCAAGAAUUAUGUUUGAAUUGUGUUUCAUAUCAUUACGACAAUCAAUAAUGAAACAAAAGGACAUGUGACUGUAUUGAUAACACGUAUCCUUUUAUAUUCACUAGUCUUUGCCAUAUCGGCAUUUGAUUUUAGUCACAACACUACCUGUCUCAGUAUCCGUAAACACAUUAACGAUUUCGUGUUCUCUGGGAUUAAACAUCCUGAUUUAAAAUGUUUCAUGAAUGCAAUACUGAAAACGUUAGCAUAUCCCUAGGUCAUACAGCUUUACAAUCAAUUCAUAAAAGUACAUUCUCUAAUGAACUCAUACAAAAAUAUAUUUCAUUCGCUAAUAAUUAUUGAUAUAAUAAUGAUGAGUCAAAUAUAUGUUUGUGUUAACACUGAAUUUAGUAGUUUUCUUUAAGGUACUUAAAGAGGUACUAAUACAUUUUUAAUUUCAAUUUGAAAAUAUUACGAAAUUUCUAGGUACAAACAAACUGUAGACAAACAACCACAUCCGUUAGUUAAUUAUUAAUAUAGAGCCGGAUUGUUAAACAGAAGAAACAAAGAUCAAUGGCUAGAAAAGCGUCAUCCUCACUUAAAUGUUUCGCUUGCAAACUUGGUGUAGAAGAUCAUUUUGUUUCAAUCUGUAUUAUUGUUGUGACCAUAAAGAAUAUUUCUUACCGAAAAAAUGUGGAGUUUUGUUACAAAAUUGGUAAAGGUUGCCUAAGAAACUUUGAACUGUCGUGUCACUAGGCUCAAAUGAAAGACAGAAUUGUUUACUACAUGGCGUGUUAAUAAUUAUGGUAUUGAUUUACUUAAUACACAAUAAAAAAAUUGACUGCCUUCCGGAUUUGACGAACUUUCUCAAAUAUAUUGAGGCAAUGUCUGUAACAGUCACUUUGACAUUAUCUCAGUGCAUAAUGAGAAUGUACCUGCACACAUAAGCAAAUUUAAAGUUAACCAAACAUACAACGGCUUAAAAAAUAUUUUGGC